AUGAAUAAUACAGAGAGUGUCGUGAAGGCAGCACUUAGUGGUCGCUCCUCCGCCCAGCUCCUAUCUGAGCUCUGGCUGGGUGCAGCCUUCACACACUGUCCACCGACUACUGUCACACCAGCUCCGCGGUACACUCACUGCUCGCCGGGGAAGAUGAUGUGGAGUGUGGUGAUCCUGCUGACUGCUGCUCUCCAUGUGGAGUCCUAUGCUGUCCAUGACCUCCAUGAGCGUUUGGCCCAUGGUCGCCAGUUGAAAAUCUAUCUGCCCAAGAGUGUGGAGGUGCUGGAGUUCACUCCAGCCAAUGAUCCCAGUAGGACCCUACUUUAUUGGGCGCACGGCAAACUCAGGGGCAAAGGCAGGGUGUCUGGCACAGGCAGCGACCGCCGCUGGUACAUCGACAAAGUGAGCUAUGAGGACCAGGGGACCUACAUCCAGAAAGACUUCUGGAAUAAAGAAAUCUCUACCGUCAAAGUGGCCGUCAUACCCAGACACAACUAUGUGAAGUGUGUAGCAGGAGAGAGUCUCUACAUCUCACUGGAAGGCAUCAACCUGGCCGACGCCAUUCUCUCCUUUUCUUCUGGGCAGGCUGGUAACGUUACACUGGUGCGUGAUGGUGCUCGGGUGUCCCAAGACCUUCCGGAUUACUGGGACCGGGUUCAGACCCACUCCAUGAACAUUGAAAUCAAGAAUGUGAACUACAGCGAUGAGGGGCAUUACACUCUGAGAGACCGUAGAGACCGGGUGGUGUCUAUAACCAGGAUGGACCUGACAGACCAUCAUGAGUCAACAGGAAACCCUCUCUUGGCUCUGCUCCUGCUGCUGGGCAUCCCAGCUGGGAUUUGCUGCUGCUGUCGGAAGAAGAUUUUCAAAAAGAAAGCCACCACUGCUGCAACGCUACAGAAUUCCUCAGAAGCAAUCCAUCCUCCUCCUGCUGGUCCUGCUGGACCAUGCCCUCCUUACAACUCUAAUGGACAACCAGGAGCAGUGUCCUACUACGGCCCCGACUCUAACACGGGUCCUAUAGCCCAUCCUUACCCUCCACCUGCUGGCCCAGGACAGUGGAAUGGUCCCCCACCCUCCCCUGGUUUUAACCCAGCCUACCCACCACAGAACCCUUCUUACCCUCCUGCUGGUCCGGCUAUGAACCCCCCUGCUCCUGGGCCACAGUGGAUGGGCCAACCACAGGGCCCAUAUCCUCCCGGACCUGCAAUGGGCUACACUCCAGCUCCAGUUGCCUAUAGCGCUCCUCCUCCACCAGGAGCCGGUGGACCUGUUCCAGAGGAGGUCAAGAUGGAGAACCUGGCCUCCACACCAGCUGAACCUCUGCUUCCUGCUGCAUCACAGGGUGAAGCUGCUCCUGUGCCCCCCUCCUCAGAUGGUGCCUAUCAGUUCCAGAUCAGUGAUGGGAAAAACGCCACCAACUUCCUGUAGGGACGUCAGCUACUGGACCAGCUUCCUUCCAGUCUGCUCUACUUUGAUGUUACAAUACCACUCCGACCAUUUUGUGUUCUUCUGUCUAAAAGUUCAUAUCAGGGAAAACGGUGCAGGUGAACAACAACCAGCAUAUCGAUUGUAAAUUCUUUUCUUUGCCUCCUUGCCUUGAUCAGUAGUUAUUUUUCAGUGCUAUAAAAUCUGUGGCUCAGCCAGCAGUUAAGGUUUUGGCAGUCAGCAUGUAAGAGACAAGUUAUUUAAGCUGCAUUUCCACCAAAAGUCUGGUAAUGUCUGGGACCUUGUCAAGGAACUAAAGGUUCCUUCAGCCCUUAGUUAUCUGUGUUUCCACCGCAGUCAACAGCUGUAGGAGGAAUUGGCAAAUUAAAAUUUCAAGAUCCGCCUGAUACAACCACCACAACAGGGCCCAAUAGCUGGACUGUUCUCCUCUGUGGUU